ACAAACAUACGUCUCUUUGACGCGUUAGUACGGACGUGUCAUCAAAAGAAAACAGCUACAAGAGACAAUCAACAAAGCUGUUGUGUUUUCAAUUUGUUGAGAAAUGUUCGAUGUUGUUCUAUAUUCAAACUUAAAUUAAUAGUGACACUGGUUAUAUGCAUAUUAUUCCCGAUUUCUGUGAAAUAUUUUGUGGCAAUGGUUUCCUUUCAUGAUAUUACAUGAGUGUCUUUACAGUGUAUUACAUAUCUGAAUAUGUAUAGACUUGAUAGCUUAUUUACUCUGAUCUGUUUCUGUGGGAUUGUUGGACAAAGCCUUUGUCAGACUGAUUAUUGUUCUUCUCAUGGACUUAAUGUUGUCCGAGGGGAAGCAUUGGACGUAUGGCUUCCCCGUAACGCCAGGGUUGCUAUUAGCACCAAUCAGCUGAAUUGCAGCAAGCCCGACUUUUAUAUUUGUGAAGAACCACCAGAUUUAGUACCACUUGAUGAUGCAAGAGUCUGUAACUACCGUAAUGGUAACUACCACGAGCAAAUCUUCCACUGGGUCGCUGGUUGUGGGUGUCUGCUCUUCACUCCAGAUUUUCUGUUUGUUGGUGGUGCUAAUUCAAUUAAUAUGAGUGCUAGUUGUUUAUACGAGCGUCGGUUAGCGCCUUGCAUUGAAAUUGCAAAAAAAGAUGGCACAUGUGGUUGUUAUCCUUUUGACCCUGGUUUAGAUGAGGUUGUAAAAGCUGUGCAGGAUGCUCUUAUUCCUACGGCCCACGAACGUUGGCAGAGAUGCUUUUAUGCAGCCAAGGAUUGCUGUGACCAAUAUCUGAUGGAAGAUACUCUUUCAAACGGUGAGACCCGAUGUGGGACAACUUUCGAUGGCUGGACAUGUUGGCGGGGCGCCCCAGCUGACACCAUCGCUUAUGAAGUGUGUUCCGAGUUUGCGUACUCUAAUUCGGGGCCAACUUGUUCUCAUUACAGUAGCAAACCAUGUUAUGCAAAUGGGACGUGGGAACAACAAACGGAUUACAGUACAUGCAGUGUCUCCCCGCGUCUUAUCCGCCGAUAUCACUUCCACAUCGGUGUGUUAUCAUUCUCUAUCAUCUCUUGCCUGCCUGCUGUGUUCAUAUUCUUUUUCUACAAGCGGCUAAGGAUAACGAGGGUGAUACUGCACAGAAACUUGCUCGUUGCAAUCAUUAUUAGAAAUGUUCUGGUCAUCAUUAGCAGAAGUGUGAUAUACAUAGAUGAACUCUCCAACUCGGAAGAUACAGUAUUGUCAAAUCACGGUGUAGGAUGUCGCAUGCUUAGCGUAGCCGAGCGCGUCGCAGCCAAUGCCGUAUUCGUCUGCAUGCUCACAGAAGGAAUUUACCUCCAUCGGCUAAUCGUUGCUGUCUUCAAAAAUAAUAUAAAAAUCAACUGGUUAUAUGGUUUUGGUGCUGUGAUUGCCAUUGUCCCCGUGGUGGCUUGGGCGAUAGUAAUGAGUAAAUACAACGACCACUCUUGCUGGGUAAUAUACACAGUCAGUAACAUUCAAUGGAUUCUAGACACACCCAGGGUCGCUAUUUUAUUGAUCAACACCAUUUUGUUCGCCGAUGUAAUGAGGGUUUUAUUGACGAAAGUAAGGAACAGCGAGAAUGCGAAUCAACUGAAUACUGCCAAAGCCUCUCUAUUUCUGAUGCCAAUUUUUGGAAUCCAGUUUUUGCUAACGGCAUUCAGGCCUACUACCAGCAACUGUACUGGCGAGCAAGUCUAUUAUUACAUCGCUUAUUCAGUUGAAGGACUCCAAGGUUUUAUUGUAGCUAUGCUAUACUGUUAUGUCAAUAAGGAGGUACGCAUGUUGGUAAAAGCAACUUAUAGAAAAACAGAAUCUGCAAUAAGAUCUCGAGUUAGAGGCGAUUCCAUAUACCCGCGAAUGAGCAACAUAAAUUCCGACAGAAGGUUCACCUACAGUACGGGCUUACCAUCGCAACAAAUAGAUGAUUUAAAAAAUGAUUAUGCCACUGUUAACCCAAAAUUGCAUGUCGCUGAAAUAAUAUCAAUUGACACAACUGAAAAAUUAGCUGAUAUACUCGAACCAGUUUACGAAACGAUUGGAAACGAUACAACUAAUGAGGAUUAUUCUUUUGUAAGAUCUAAUAAAGAGAAUAUCUCUGGAUGUAACUCGAAGAUAGACAUGAAAGCUGACGAUUAUUAUGGCUUUACAAAUGCAUCAAGUAUAUCUAUAGAAUGCCCCGAUUGGAUUCGAGAUGCCUCAUCACCAAAAAGCAGUGUUUACAAAAAUUCACAAAAUGAUUAUGAAACAAAGUUCUCAGAUAAAAGAAAUUCUAAACAUAUGAACGUACAAGAGAUGGAAUUAAGAAAGAGAAAUCCAGUCCAUGAUAAUUCAAUGGAGAUUACUUUAGAGAAUGAUCCUUCUCUAAUAAGGUUUGAAAAUAAAGACACAAAUAAUGGUGCACAAAAAGAAAUUGAUAGUAGUGUUAACAAAGAUAAAAACAAACACAAUGAAGUUCAGAAUAGUAUCGUGGAAGAUAACGCAUCUGGUUCAAAGGUACCUGACAAUAUGCUUGAUGAAAUAAUGCAUUACAUGGGUAAUAAUGAUAGCAAUAGCCCGAAAUUAAACCCAGAUCUUUUUUCCCCAAAUAGAAAAGAAGAAGAUAAAAUAAUAUUUGUUGAUUAGGUUAUUAAUUAGUGAAUAAAAUUUUUAGUUUUUU